GACAGAGAAGCAGACUGACUGUUUAACAGCCAGCGUAGGUAGAUCACCAGAUAAACACCGCUGCUACAAGUCAGAACAGAGUGAACGAGUGAGGGACAAAGAGGGAGAUUCACAGGUAUGAGGAGAGAAGCGGAAAGCAGAAGAGUGUGGUGACAGUUCGGGCAACAGGAGCUUGUGAUAACCAAAAGGAGGGCAGCCAAGUUGGCGGAGAUGCUGUGAGAGAGCAUGCCAAGUGAUGGAGCUUGAAACUGCCAGCAGGCAAACACAAUUAGUCAGAAUGGAGGACCAGGACAGAGUAAGCCAAGCAUCCAGUGUGGCCACCAUUUCUUACUUUCCUGGCAUAAAGGAAAGUGAUGGAAAGGUGCAAACAUUUGGGAAAAGAUGUCAGGCUGCCAAGAGAGACCCCAACUGUCCUGUGGUCAUUCGAGGAUGGCUCAACAAAAAAGACAGCUCUGGUUUGAAGCUAUGGAAGAGAAGAUGGUUUGUCCUCUCUAACUACUGUCUGUUUUACUAUAAAGACAGUAGAGAAGAAUCUGUGCUUGGCAGCAUCCCACUUCCAAGCUACAAAAUCCUGUUCUGCACACCACGAGAAUGCAAGAACAGAAAAUUCACGUUUAAGGUGGUGCAUCAGGGGAUGCGUUCUUAUUUCUUCAGCGCUGACACUCAGGAAGAUAUGUUAGGCUGGGUGCGAGCCCUCAGCCAGUCUGCUGCAAUGGAGGCAGACAACUCCAUGAACAGGCGUUGCUCAAGUUAUCAGGAUUUCACACAGAUAGGUGGCAGCAGUGAAUCAGUGGACUCCCCUAAAUCCCCCUCUGAUGGAGAGGGUCCCUCCCAAAAACGCAGACAUGUCAGCAGGACUCAGAGUGAACAGAGUCAGCUCACUGGUGGGAGGAUGGGGACGUCGUACUCAGAGCUGAGGGGGAGGCAGAGUGUGCGUCAGAGAAACAGCAGCCCUUCAAACAGAACACCUAGCCCUCCUGAAUUCAACAGAAGAAGAGCUUGGGGUCCAAAACAAGAGGAUUCACUUCCUGGGCAAAACACACCACCCACACAAUCAGACAUUAUGGGAACAGCUGCUUUGACUUCCAAAGGUCAGCUGGGGUCACGACCGCAUACUCCAGUGGGAAGGGUUGACAUUCGACCUCACGACGACCCUGUCAUGGUGCCACAGACCUUGUACUAUGCACCUGUCUCACCUAAGAUGGAGUUCAAAUCCACGCCAACUACCCCAGUCACAGAAAGGUGGCAACACUUAAACAAGCCUACACCUACAUAUGGUUCAGUCCAUCACAUCUCGGGUGGAAGAAGACCUUUGUCAAAGAGCUACUCUACAGGGGCACAUGCAGACUUACUGCCCCCUUUGCCCCCCUCAUCGAGAGCUGCACAUCCUCCUCACCCCCCACAACACCACCACCACCACCACCACCAUCACCGCAACCAUUUAUCUGUUUGUGUGCUACCGCCAGCUAUGGCCCCAAAGUCUGAUCCCAGGGAAGUCCCACCAAUCAGACCCCUAGAAAGUGAUGCGGAUGCUGUCUUGACAAGGUUAUGCGGAUGUGACAAGCUGCUACAGUCUCUGUCUGUGGAACUGGCCCAGCUACAAAUAGAUAAGGACGGUGUUCAGUGUGCAUUAGAAGUAUCCAGACUGCAGCUGGAGGAGUGGCAGAGCCAGGGACCCCGGGCCCAGGAAGAAGCACUGACGGAGAAGGCUUUGCUCCAGGAAGAACUGGUCACAAUCCGGGCCCGAAUGUGUGACGUAUCGUUGGAAAUGGAGAGGGUGUGGAGUCAGUAUGAGAGAAUGGAGAGUGAACUGUCUGUUAUCCGCUCACACCUUCAGCACAUCUGUAACUUUGGAAUGCCACAGGAGCAGUCUCAGGCUCAGAGACAGCUGUGGAUGAUGGAGGACAUCCUUGCUGGGCUGAAGGUCAACAGGGACCACUUCCACUUCCUGCUGGGGCUACAGACGCACCACAUGUUCCAGCCAGCGGUCCCGCACCCUGGAUCCCCUGGCUCACCCACAGAGAGGCUGCAGGCUGGACUGCCAAUGGAUGUGGAACAAGAGCCACCGGUCCGCCCACCAUUACCCCAGGAGCUACAGGAAAGCCACCACAGCAGGGAUCAGGGCUGUGGCUACACACAGUCAUAUGAGGGAAUCUACAACCACACUCAUCCUGCACACAGAAGAGGAAGCAGCCAGCCUGACCUCCUUAAUGUGAAAGCACAGAAAGAUGCAUCUGAAUCUCAGCCAAAGUGGAUCCCACCUGAAACAAUAAACCAAUCAACCAAGAAGAUGAAGAUGAGUGAAGAAGAGCAGAUUGAGAGGAUGAAAAAGAACCAGGAGAGGUUGACUAAUAAGAACAAACCUUGUUUACCCACUCCAAGUGCCCAAACCCACACUCAAAGUUCAGACACCCAAGAGGAGCCCCCCUUUCCUUUAAGGGUGACACGAGUUGUUACAGCUGUACUGCCAUCCUCUCUUGUGGCAAGACGGGUUUCUGUUGAGGAUCCCCCAGAUGAGCUUGAUACUCCUCUGCCCGAGCAGAUCCCACCUGAGGUGCAGCAAAGAUUUGCUGAACAAAGUAAAGUGAUGAACAAGCCAACUAGACGGCUGGUGCUGGAAAGCCCAGAUCAAAACCGGUCCUCGGCAGAAAGGCGCCAGGAUCAACUCAUUAAAAAGACAAGCAGACAGCUGCAUCAGGGGGUACUGAGGCCCUCCAUGAUGUCACGACCAGAAGUGAGCAGAGCUGAGCCAACUGAAACCUCCAGGAACCAAGUUCGAGACCAAACGGGUUUAGGAGAUGGAAGUGCAAGCUUCAACAUCAGGCUGCCUGAACAGACAGGGGAACAAACCUCUGUCCCCUUGACCCCUGGCAUGGACCCUGACCUCUGUCUGACCCCUGAGCAGCGAGAGGCCAAACUCCGCCGUGUGGAACGAAUACGGGAGAGAGUCAUACGGAGUGCAGUCAGAGAGAGUGCUACUACACACAAUCAACUCCCAGUCAUGGAGGAAAGGCAGGAAGCUCACCAGCUCCCCCGUGACACAGAGCACGACUCUUACGAUGGCAAUGGGAACUGUGAGGAUAACAUUAGAAGUCCUGCAGAACUGCAGGUGUCUAGAGCAACAUCUCACGACAAAGAUGAAAGUAAUGGGCAUGUGAAAAAAUCUCAAAGCCAAGUCAAGUUUGAGAACAAAAUACAACACAAAGACCACAGUGGAAGAACAGGGGUCACCAAAACUAAAAUCAAACGUCCAGCUUCGCCAUAUCAUAGUUCUUCUAUGACUGUUUAUCAGAAAGAUGGAGGCAAGGGAUUCACAAGAUGCCAAGACAAAGAGGAGAAAGGGCUUGAAGAAUGUGCUGCUAAUGAUAAUGAAAAUAAUUUGUCAUCAUCUGAUAUGAGAGCCAAGUGGUUUCUCUCCACCAACCAGUGGCAAGGGUUUAUACCUUUACAGAUCCCUGGCCUAGACUCACUGUGCAAUGAGGAGAUAUCAGACACCGACAACCAACCAGCUUGCACUGAUGACAUGACUGAUUCCACUGAAAUGUCUUCAAGAGUGAGUGAAAGUUUAGAGAAAAUGAAAGACAAUCAUUCACUCUUUUAUAAGAUAGCAUGCGACAUCAGUAUUUCAGACACAGAUAUAACAAAUAAUGAUGGAAAUACAAAUGCCCAGACAUCACCUAGGCCAGAAGAGGAAGAACUGCUAAUCAUUGAAUCUGCGCCAGAUAACGUGACCAGUGUUCUUACAUCUCCUAACCAAGAGAGGAAGGGUUCCAGCCUAAACUUGCCAUCAGAUGUUGAUAAAAACAGCCUCCCAACUUAUAACAAACUUCAACUUUCAUCACUGGAAGCCCAGGGCAAAGCAGCGUUAAAUUCCUCAGCCAGUCCUGCAAAAGAGGCACAUGUUUAUGGAGAGAUCCCUCAAAAAAGAAGUGAAGUUGUCUUAAGUCAAGCGAGCCAAUUGAAAGUCAAAGAAACUAACUAUGAAGCUCCUGCUCAAGAUGUUGAAUCUGAUCAGGCCCUGGAUGAAUGUGCAAACGCCAGAGAAGAACACAGUGGGACAAAAGAGUCAGAAGACAGGACGGUGGACCAAGACAAAUCGGAGGAUCUGAACAAAUCUAGUGGUCUCAGUGAGAAGAACAAAGAGACUGUCCCAGAGCGAGGCAACUCCAUCACUCCAUCCAGCUCUGUGUUUGAGAGUGGAAGUGUGAUUCAGAGUUCUUCUUUUGGGAAGGCACGAGUAACAGUAUUAAGGACAAGUUUGUAGAAGCAGGAAGAGUAAAGCCUACAGAUACGGGAAGAACAAGAACACAGAGAUGUGAUUUUUGGUACUGUAAAAGAAAUACCUGAAGAGGACCGACAGAGGGAAUUUGGACCUAACUUUAAAUUAGAAAAUGGUCAAAUGGGAACAUAGAAUUUCAGAAAUAGACAUAAUUGUUGGUAAACAUGAACAUUUCCAUUAUUCAUUACAUGUAGUUUGUGAUGGAUGCAGAUAAAGCAGAAAAACCCAAGUCAUCAAAACAAAAUGGAAGUAUAUUGUUGUUUUUGCAGCUGGUAAAUGCCAGAUAUCUUGUGUAUGGUUGCAGUCAAAUAUAUGCCCAAUAUUUGACAUUAACACUUUCAUCCCUCUCCAAAUACGCAUCUAGCAUAACACCAGCAUUUAUAGUUGAUGACUGCUGGUAACUUAACCCUGUUAUUGUCACUGUAGCAAAAUGUGUUUUGCAUCUCAGACUUCCUGACUAAUAAAUAUUCUGCAU